UGUAAUAUUUUUUUAACUUGCGAUAAACCGCACCAACCGAACUAAUCCAAGCCGCAUUGAUUUGGUUUGGUUUGGAGGACUUUUUAAAAAUCAACCGAACCAAACCAAACCAGGUGCUUUUUUAUCUCGUAGUUGGAUGACUUUUAUGCUCAAAACCGAACCAAACUGCAACGCGAACACCCUACAAGUGAGAACUUCUCUAUGUUUUUGAACGUCACCACCGUUCCCCCGCACACGGCGAUCCGCUUCUCCUGCACCACCGCAAGCUUCAAGCUGAUCUUCGCUCAGAUCGAAGUUGUUUUCUCACGCUUAAUAUUGUGGUCUCCUACGCUCUGAUUCAUGGAGGAAGAUCGAAUCAGCUCAUUGUCAGAUGAAAUCAUAUGUCACAUUCUCUCAUUUCUCGAAACAGAAGAUGCUUUUACCACAAGCCUCCUUUCAAAAAGAUGGAAUCCCCUCUGGCUCUUAGUUCCCACUCUUGAUCUUCAUGAAUACCGCAUGUUCCCACAUUAUUCUGUAUCACUGUUUCCAAAGUUGGUAUUUGCAGCCAUUUUCAAACGAAGUGUGAACCAACCCAUCAAAAAGUUGUGCCUAAGUGUAGGGAGUUACGAUUCCCAUCAUCUUGAAAAAGUUUCUCUGUUGGACUAUGAUAUUGAGUCAUGGUUAACCGGUGCAGCAGAACGUAAAUUGGUGCAUCUUGAAUUCGAUUUUAUCAUUGACCAUUAUUUGCCGCCUUGCAUUUUUAGUUUUAGAAACCUUGUGGUUCUCAAAUUGAAAGACUUAACCAUAUCUACCGCUUCUCAUGUUGACUUUCCCUUGCUCAAAACCCUACAUUUAUACCACGUUGAUUUUGAUCAUCGUUGGUUUGUUUUUAAACUUUUUAGUGGUUGUCCAGUACUUGAGGAUUUUGAAGCUGAAAUUUUAUAUAUUUACGCUAGCAUAAACAUGUCAACUUCCCCUGAUCGAGUGCUUGAAUGUUUACCCAAGUUGGUUAGGGCAAAACUUUCAGACAUAUCUGAAGAUUUUCCUUUGGAACCCUUUUGUAGUGUUGAAUCGCUUUACUUGAAAGAGGUGGAGUACUAUGAUGGUUUGUUUCCUACUUUUAAUAAUUUGACCCAACUGGUGCUUAUUUCUUUGGAUAGUUGGCAAUCCUUAGUCGACGUUCUCAACCAUUGCCCUAAGCUUCAAAGGCUUGAACUUGAUCAGGUCAACGCACUCGAGGACGUAAGGGCUGGAGAAUGUGACUUAGAAAAUUGGGUGGACCGAGAUUUUGUUCCGCAGUGCCUUUCAUUACACCUUACAACUUGCAAUAUUUUCAACUACUACGGUGGUCAAGAAGGUGAGCUUCUGCUAGCAAGGUAUAUCUUGAAGAAUGCGAGAGUUUUACAAACCAUGACAAUAUGGAAUAUAUGUUUCAAAAUAAAAGGAAAACUAUGCUCAUGCCCAAGAGCCUCUGCAACAUGUAAACUUGCCAUUUAUGAUGCUCCAAUGUACUCCCGUCGUCCCUUAAUAUAAGUGGCUUCUCGGUACUUGUCAUUUUAUUUGCUUCCAACUUGCAACCGCUAGAAUUAGUGGCUUGAACUAAAAUUUUAAUGGUCAUAGAAAAGUAUCUAGUAUUUGCUUACCUAUUUUUAUUUGUUUACGAUGUCAUUACCACAUUGAUCCAUUUUGCAACUAA